AUGGAACGGACGGAAAGAGGGGACGAAAAGGAAUGGAAAGAGCUAGCGGAACUGAACGGGAGGCGAGAAACAGCCAACGAAGUGAGGGACCUCUUGUCGAAGCUGCUUGUCAUAAAACCAGAACCCCGCAAUUCCGUUGAAGAAGUACUACAGCACCCGAGCGUUAACGUGUGGUUUGACGGGCCGGAAAUCAACGCCUUAAGUUAUUUUAAAUAA